AUGUCUGCAAAUAAUGCCAAUAGCGUUGAUGCUUCAGCAGCUAAAACCAAUCUACAAGGACUUGACCUAGCGCAACACUAUUUUGGUCCCUUACUUCGCCCAACUCGCGCCACACAGACCGCGUGGACCAAUUAUUCUAUCAAUCGCCUCCAAACCAAUAAAAAGUACCGCACGGUGGUCUCUGUAUCGCGCAAGGGCUCUGAGAAUGGUUCUGAGGGUGGCUCCGAAGAAGACUCUGAGGAGGAUGAGGAUGACGUCAAAGCCCACGUUUCCGAGAUCGAGAAGGAAAUGAACUUUGAGAACGGCUUCCUCCAGAAAUGCAUCACCAUUUUAUGGAAUGAAACGGAACUCGACGACGAGGACCCGCGCUCCACUGAUCAUAUAGUUAGGAUCUACUCACCAACUGCACCAAUGUACAUUGAUGUGCAUCUUCAAUACUACUGCCGCUCGCGUUGGUCAGAGGUCGAGUGGUUCUACUCUCUUGGCUACAAGAUCCAACGCCGCCCUUCUGCGACGAAAGGCGAUGCAUUUUCUAUCAAGAAUGAGCUUACGAUGGGCUGUCCUCCGGAUGUGCACAAGCGCAAUGGGUGGCAGACCUUGUGCUGGGGUUACUAUGAUGAUUCCGAUGGAAAUUAUGGCAAAAAUUGGCGUCGCAUUGAAUGUGGAAACGUGGAGUUACACGAGCAAGGAGUUUUGGACGUUCACGAGGCGUUGUUCGGAGAAUUGGAGAAACCUACCGAAACUGACUCAGAGGCCAUGCUCGCAUAUCAUCGAUCACUCGUAAGGGGCAUACGGAUGCUUCUUGCUGCUGUCGGUAUUUCAUAUCACGUCGCGUGUGCUGACGAUGAAAGUGAUAAGGGGCCUUAUGACUUGAUGCUUGAGGGGCUGAGCGACAAAUGGGUCGGGCGAUGCAUACGGAACGCUUGCGGCCUUCGACUAGCCAGAGAUGCAGAAGGAGAGCGCAAAGGUGCCCAGGAACGACAGGAAGAAGCAAAGGGUUACGACGAUGACUCCGAGAACGAUAGCGAAGGGGAUUACGACGAUUACUACAGCUUCUGA